ACAAACAUGGCGGCGGCGGGAGGCGGGAGCGGCGCGGGGCGGCGGCGGAGACACCAACAAAUGGAACACAAAUUAACUUAAGCCUACAGGAGGCUGGUGACACCUGGAACAGGGGAGGAAAAGUGGAGAAGCUGUGCUCUGUGCUUUUUAUCUGACGUGUUGAGGUUCAUUUUGGAGCAUGUUUGCUACUUAGCAGGAACUAAAAUUCAGGCACGAGAGGUUGUAAAUGAAAGAGCCAAUAUGGGGGAAAAGAAGGCAGAACCGUUGGAUUUUGUGAAAGAUUUUCAGGAAUAUCUGACCCAGCAGACUCACCAUGUCAAUAUGAUUUCUGGAUCGGUUACUGGUGACAAGGAAGUAGAGACUCUCCAGGGAGCUGGGACAGAAGGUGAUCAGAAUGGUCUGGAUCAUCCUUCUGUCGAAGUUUCACUGGAUGAAAACUCAGGAAUGUUGGUGGAUGGGUUUGAAAGGACUUUUGACGGGAAGUUGAAGUGUCGGUACUGUAACUAUGCCAGCAAAGGAACAGCACGGCUCAUCGAGCACAUCAGGAUUCACACAGGGGAGAAGCCACACAGGUGCCACCUGUGUCCCUUUGCCUCGGCCUACGAGCGUCACCUGGAGGCUCACAUGCGCUCCCACACCGGGGAGAAGCCCUACAAGUGCGAGCUGUGCUCCUUCCGCUGCAGCGACCGCAGCAACCUGUCCCACCACCGCCGGCGCAAGCACAAGAUGGUGCCCAUCAAGGGCACCAGGUCUUCCCUGAGCAGCAAGAAGAUGUGGGGGGUUCUGCAGAAGAAGACCAGCAAUUUGAGCUACAGCAGAAGAGCGUUAAUUAAUCUGAGUCCGCCGUCCAUGGUGGUGCAGAAACCAGACUACCUUAAUGAUUUCACCCACGAGAUCCCCAAUAUCCAGACUGAGGCCUACGAGGGCAUGGCAAAAACCGCUCCGAGCGGUGGCUUGCCGAGAGAUCCACAAGACCUCAUGGUGGAUAAUCCUUUAAACCAGCUCUCCACGUUAGCAGGACAGUUGUCCAGUUUGCCACCUGAAAACCAAAACCCAGCCUCUCCUGACGUCGUUUCCUGUCAAGAUGAAAAGCCUUUCAUGAUACAGCAGCCUGCUGCGCCUGCAGGAGUUUCAGCUGUGUCAGCAAAUAUUCCUCAGAAUUCCUCUCCAACCAGCCCUGAUUCCCGGCCUGCACACAACCAGAGGAACUAUAGUCCCGUGGCAGGGCCCAGCAGUGACCGCAGUGCCCACACCAGUACUCCCAGUAUCAGCAACAGCCAGCCCAGCACUCCAGCUCCAACCCUGCCAGUGCAGGACCCCCAGCUCCUGCACCACUGCCCACACUGUGACAUGUACUUUGCAGACAAUAUCCUUUACACCAUCCACAUGGGAUGCCAUGGAUUUGAAAAUCCUUUCCAGUGUAACAUUUGUGGGUGUAAGUGUAAAAACAAGUACGACUUCGCUUGCCACUUUGCAAGAGGCCAACAUAAUCAACAUUGACUGAGAACAUGCUUUUGUUUAGUUUUCUAACAUAUUACAGUCUGUUUUUCAUACUUGCUGAUGGAAAGCUUGCACAUUCCCAUAAGGAAUCUUCACAUUAAUCAAUUGGACAAAGGAGGCAAAUUGAUUUCUUGUAAAAACUUGCCAGGGAAAUUUUGUAUCAGAUUCAGUUGCUGUUUUAUAUGUAGCCUUUCAAAAAAAGCCAAGAGUGCUGUAAGGGUUGGAAUGCAUUUACAUGCUGUGGUUGCUAAAUUUAAGUUGCUUGCACUUAAUCCCAAUAAACAUUCUGCAAGUGGAGAAGCAGAGCGUGUGUCCUGAGCCGUAGGAUGUAAUUCCCAGAUUGUUUACUAGGCAAGACAAGAUAGAUUAUCCAUAAAAUAUGAAAUGUCAGUGCAAUGACACAUCAUGUAGAGACAGGACAAAGAGAAAUGGCUUCAUGGUGCCAGAGGGCAGGGACAGAUGGGAUAGUGGGAAGGAAUUCCUCCCUGUGAGGGUGGCAGGCCCUGGCACAGGGUGCCCAGAGCAGCUGGGGCUGCCCCUGGAUCCCUGGCAGUGCCCAAGGCCAGGCUGGACAGGGCUUGGAGCAAUUUGUGAUAGUAGAAGGUGUCCCUCCUUUAAGGUCCCUUCCAACCCCAACCAUUCUUUGACUUUGGAGAAAUCCUUAAAAACGUGGCUGCUCAAACAAACAGAAGCAAUUUUCACAAAUUCAAUCUGAUGUAGAAGUUACUUUAAUCUGGUGAAGGUUAAUAAUAGGUUUUUGUUUAGUAUAGUCUAAACUCUUCGUGCUAGGACUCAAACACUAAUUUAACUAUUAGCACAAAACUAGAAGAUAACAGGUUAUUGUGAAUAAAACUAUGGUAGGAAAAAGAAAGAGCUAAAAGCCUGUCAUUCAUGAGUUAUUGGAAACAAAAAAAGUAAGAUACCUUAUUUUACCUACACUCUACAAAAUUUUCCAUGUCAUUGUUUUUCAGAGGAGGCAAUUUUUAGAGACAUAAUGAAGAGCCUGUAGAACUAAUAUAUACUCUGUGAGAUUUCUCACUGCCUUAAACUGAGUUGUACAGAUAUUUAAAAUUUGCACAAUUAGACUUCUGUCCUGCUGAUAGAAGUUCUGAUAGAAACAAACAAGAAGUUUACAAAUCAAACUCCUUUUUUCAGUUUUCUGUUGGGCCAGGCUACAACUGAGAGGUUACCUGUGUUUUUGAGAGUUGUAUAAUCCAGUUUAUUGUAAAUUUCAGCUGACUUGGAGGCCUGGUUUGUCCCCUCUCCCAGGUCUGAUGUCCUUUGGGUGUGCUGGGAAUAAGGGGAAAGGCUUUUUCUGGACUCCAUGUAGGAUGCAGAGGAAAACUGACUGACUACACUGAAGUUGUUUUUAGGAAUUGUGACUGAAGUUGUUUAUUUUGUUUCAUAGUGUACACUCAUCUUUAGAAGCCCUCAGGCUAAAGGACAGGCACUUUAACAUAUAAACCUGAAUAAAACAUCUAAUUAAAAUGAAUAAUGACUUUAUGUGCUAUAUAAGAAUUUGAGACAUUAAAAAUAAAGGAAGAACUGUUACUUUUCCCUAUUUAGACAUGGACUUCGACCUUGGUUUGUCCUACUUGAGACAAAUUAAAGCUUCCCUUAUAUAUUUCCCUUUUCCUAUCAGCAAACCAUGUUUUGUUAAAAGCAAGAUUUUAUUAAUGUUCCACAAGUCAGAGGUUGGAAUCUCAAUAGGAAAUGUUUGGCUUCUUCAAUUUAUAUUUUUAUGCUAAAACUUCCUGAAACCAAUGGAAAAACUUGCAGCAAUCAGGGUGAGAUCAACGCAGGAAAACCACUUGUGUCAGAAUUUUAGCUGUAGAAGUAAUUUUGACUUUAAUUAAAUAGAAAUUGGGAUACCAGCCGUGUUUCUGUCUGCCUGACUGACCUGCUGUUGAAGUUCUCUGCUUGAGGAGCUGGGUUCUUUCUUGGCUGUGCAGUCUUGAAGUAAUGAGGUCAGAAAUCUGCCACUGGAGUGGUUCCAGUGUAGCGAAGAUGAACAAUAACACUGUCAUCCCUAAAAACUGUUUUGUCUUCAGGCCUGGUUCAGAAUUCGUUUUGCUGGACUUUUAGGACAGAAUGUAAUUUGCAUUUUUCAUCAGGAACCUGUAAUUCCAAAAAAAAUUCAUUGUUGCUUCAUACUUUUUAUAUUUAUCAGUAAAGCUGCAAGUCUGUGUGUGUAGACAUCCUUUAUUUUGAGGAGUGAAAGCUGACUGAACUGGAAUCCAGUUAGAAGUUACUGCUCCUGGACAGGUUUUGGAAUCAAAAUUUUUUCCAGUCAAGGAGGGCAGAAAUGGUGGCUCUCUUUGGAUCACACACUGAACAUUUCUACAGUUUAAAUCUGCCUCAAAUGUAGUGUUAGGGUAAGAGACAUUCCUCUUGAAGACUUUACAAUUAGUAAUUUAUGGAGGUGGUUUUCCUUGCCUUUUUGGGUAGAUGAUGCACUCUCCUAUUCCUAAUUUCUGGCAUUCCCAAGGAAACUUGUGGCUCCAGGGAGCAGCUUCCAGUGCUGAGUGGUCACAGCAGCCAAGGGCUCCUUGGCUGGUGGCUUUUUCCUUGCUGGUAUCACAGGGAGAGUCAUUUCCAUGUGCACAGAUGUGGUUUCUGUCCCCUGGGGCUUCUGCUGGCCGUGUUCACGUUGUCAGAGGCUUCUCUUUGUGUCAUGGCUCGGUGGUUUAGAGAAAUGACUCCUGAACCACAAUGGCCUUGAACAGAACCCAGGGCAGGUCACCAAAGGAGGAGCUGGGAGCAGGGGGAAGCCUGCAGGAUCUCGUGGACAAGGGGCCCUUGUUUAGGAGGGGAUCCCAUGGUAGGGAAUGGAACAGAGCUCAGUGUGAAAACAUCCAUCCCCAAGCCCUGCAGAUCAUUUGGAAGGAUUUUCCUGCUGCUGCCUGGACACCGUGGGUUCUGCUCUGGAGAGACUAAGGCAAAGAUUAGUUGGGACGUCUCUGAACAGUUAAGGAAUGAAAAAUCUCUUUUCCCUGUUUCCUUGGGCAAACUCCUCGUUGCAGGGGGUUCUGGGCAGCAGCAGCAGCGUUGGUGCUCUUCCCUCAGCUCUGCCCCCAGAGCCCUGGGGUGGAUCCCUGUGUCCUUCCCGGGGCUGGGACUGUUCCUGUCCAUGAUCACACCAUGUGUUCAGUUGUGCAAACACUGCCCUGACAUCGUUGUCUCCUGUCAACUGAGGAGCUUUGGAAGGUGUAUUUCCCUAUUUUUCACAAUUUAUACAUACUAUUGGCUACAAUCUAAAGUCCAGAGCUGGUACUGGCAAAUUCUCUCCGAGUGUGAUCCCUCGCACAAGCAGGCCUUAGCCAGAGUCAGUGAGGGAGACUUGUCCUGGACUCUGGGACUGAGUCCUCAGUUAAAAGAACUUUUCAUAUUGAGUCCUCCCUGUCCUACUCUGCACUCACUCGUUUUGGUGGUUUUUUAAAAAACCCAAAUCCUCUCAUUCUAAGGUAAUGGGUGAUUAGCAUUUUAACUGUUAUUAAUGGAAAUUUGGAAAGGAGAUUGAAUUUUUCAAAUUUUUCAGUUCUGUCGAAUUCUGUAGUUACAAAACAUGAACUUUGUGGGGGUUUUGUUUUUAUUGUCACAGCUUAUUUUAUAGCUUUGUGGACAUUUCUAACAUGCACCAUUUAUAGCACUCCUGGUACACACAGUUUUGAGACUGAAUAUUCCAAUGACCAUUUGAAUAUUUGAACAUCUUCAUUAUCUCAGUUAAUAUUCAACUGUGGAGGAGGCAAUAGGAAAAAUAUUUGUUUUUUCACAGACACAUGAUUAGACGAUUUAGACAUAAAAUGUUGAUUGGCUUUUUAAUAUACAACUCAGUGCUGGGACACUUUCCAGCACUGUUUUCCAGCCAAAUAAUCUGUUACUGUUUGUUUUGUUCCAGAAUGUUUUGGGGGUUUGCUUUUUGUUUCUUUUCGACAAAGGGAAUGUAAUUUAGAAGUUUUCACUGGCAAGUUUUCUAAUAAUUUUAAGCUUGUUUGAAAAUCUACAGCAAACGAUGUUCUGCUGCAGGAAAUCUCUCUCCUGCUAAAGCAUUUUUCAUUGAGCAAUCUUUGUGUAUGUGCUUCUAAGUACCUACUUUGUUAAUAAUAUGUAAUUCAGUGUAAAGAGCAGAUUUUAUGCAAAAAAAUGACACCUGUUAAGAGUUGUAAAAUAAAUUUUAAUGUUAGUGAACGUUUCUGAGAUGACAAGGUUAAUUCUGAAAUAACUCUGUCUCGUGUAGUUCAUGUUGUGAAGCUUUGCUUUUGUAAGAUAUGAAUAAAAUAACACUUUCUAAUUA